CUCUCAUCGAAAAUGGCCAGCAGUCGAGCCUUGCAGCCGUUGCUUCUCUUACUUGCUUUGUUUUUAUUCAAGUCAGAGAUGGCGAAAUCAAUUAGAACUCCUGCAAAUAUGACGAAGGCUGAAAAUGGUGUUAAAUAUCAUGUUGAGAAGCCAGAGCUUGUAGCACAAAUGGUAGAAAGGACUCUGAAUGCUUCGAGAAGGAAGCUGAGCUCAUGCGGAACGGGGAACCCCAUUGACGAUUGUUGGCGUUGUGAUCCCAACUGGGUUAAUAACAGAAAUAGACUGGCUGACUGUGCCAUCGGAUUUGGCAAAAACGCCAUUGGAGGUCAGAAUGGUAGGUUUUAUAUAGUUACAGAUCCAAAUGAUGAUGACCCCGUGAAUCCUCGACCCGGCACUCUGCGGCACGCUGUUAUUCAAACCGAGCCUCUCUGGAUUAUUUUCCAAAGAGAUAUGGUUAUUCAGCUCAAGGAGGAGCUCAUCAUGAAUAGUUAUAAGACUAUUGAUGGUAGAGGAGCCAACGUUCAUAUAGCAAAUGGAGCUUGCAUUACAAUUCAGUAUGUGACCAAUAUCAUCAUACAUGGCAUCCAUAUCCACGACUGUAAGCCUGCAGGAAAUACAAAUGUGAGGAGCUCACCCACUCAUUACGGGUACAGGACCAGGAGUGACGGAGAUGGGAUUUCCAUCUUUGGAUCAAGCGCAAUUUGGGUAGACCACUGUUCAUUGUCAAGUUGUGCAGAUGGGCUGAUCGACGCCAUAAUGGGGUCCACUGCUAUAACCAUUUCAAACAGCUUUUUCACUCACCAUGACAAGGUGAUGCUCCUCGGACACAGUGACGCCUAUACCCAGGACGUCAAAAUGCAAGUAACAGUUGCAUUCAACCACUUUGGAGAAGGACUUGUUCAGCGUAUGCCCAGAUGCCGACAUGGAUACUUCCAUGUGGUGAACAAUGAUUACACCCACUGGGAAAUGUAUGCAAUCGGGGGAAGUGCAAACCCCACCAUUAACAGCCAAGGCAACAGAUUCCUUGCUCCUGAUUAUCGAUUCCACAAGGAGGUGACAAAGCACGAAGAUUCAACACAAGGCAAUUGGAGAUCAGUGGGAGAUCUAAUGUUAAAUGGGGCAUUCUUCACAGCAUCAGGGGCUGGAGCAUCCUCAAGCUAUGCCAAAGCUUCGAGUAUGGCAGCAAGGCCUUCUUCUAUUGUGGGCUCUAUCACUGCAAGUUCAGGUGUUCUCACCUGCAGAAAAGGUUCCAGCUGUUAGACCAAAAUAUAUGUAUUAUGUAUAAACUGUUAGAAAUCCUUCAAUUCUGUAACUUGGCAAGCAUGGCCACACUGAAUGAGGGUUCUUAGUUAUUUUAGUUUUGUUCGUGUAGACACUCGGGUCACUAAUUACUAAAGUGGAAUAUAUUAGUAAUCUUAUUCUCAA